UUUUUUUCUAGAUCAACGUUCUUCAGUCUAAAAGGAGAGCAGAAAUCUUAAAAUCGAUGUUAUCAUUUAUAUAUGCACAUCUGGCUUUUUUCCAUCAAGGCUAUGACCUGUUCACUGAACUUGAGCCCUACAUGAAAGAUCUUGGUGCACAGCUGGAUCAGUUGGCUGUAGAUGCUGCAAAGGAGAAGAGAGAUAUGGAGCAAAAGCACUCCACUAUUCAACAAAAGGAUUACUCCAGCGAUGAUACUAAACUGGAAUACAAUGUAGAUGCAGCCAAUGGUAUUGUUAUGGAAGGUUAUCUAUUUAAACGAGCCAGCAAUGCCUUCAAGACUUGGAACAGGCGCUGGUUCUCAAUACAAAAUAACCAACUUGUGUACCAGAAGAAAUUUAAGGAUAAUCCCACAGUAGUUGUUGAAGAUUUGCGACUCUGCACAGUUAAACACUGCGAAGACAUAGAAAGACGUUUCUGUUUUGAGGUGGUUUCUCCAACAAAAAGCUGCAUGCUGCAGGCUGACUCGGAAAAGCUGCGCCAGGCGUGGAUUAAGGCUGUUCAGACCAGUAUUGCCACAGCAUAUAGAGAGAAAGGGGAUGAAUCUGAGAAACAGGAAAAGAAAUCAUCCCCUUCUACUGGAAGUCUAGAAUCUGGGAGUGAGACAAAAGAGAAGCUGUUAAAAGGAGAGAGUGCUCUGCAGCGGGUUCAGUGUAUUCCUGGCAAUGCUGCUUGCUGUGACUGUGGCUUGGCAGAUCCUCGCUGGGCCAGUAUCAACCUGGGAAUCACACUGUGCAUCGAGUGCUCUGGGAUACACAGGAGCUUGGGAGUCCACUUUUCAAAAGUAAGAUCUUUAACGUUGGAUUCAUGGGAACCUGAACUCCUAAAGCUUAUGUGUGAAUUGGGAAAUGAUGUUAUAAAUAGAAUAUAUGAAGCGAAGUUGGAAAAAGUGGGAGUAAAGAAGCCACAAUCUGGAAGCCAAAGGCAGGAGAAGGAGGCAUACAUCAGAGCAAAAUAUGUGGAAAGGAAGUUUGUAGAGAAGCAAGCUGCAUCAGUACCUCUGCUUGAAUCUGGAACAAAAGUUGUACCUCCAGGUCAGGAAGAGAAGAGGCACAGUGUCCCUGAAAAAUCCCUUUUGGCAGGGGAGCAAGGUGCAGCAUCCCCAAAAGUCCGAAGCAGUGACAGUGGGAUCCAGCAGAGCACAGAUGACAGCAGAGAACACCUUGCCUCUACUGUAUCAGCCAACAGUUUGUAUGAACCAGAAGGAGACAAGCAAGAGUCCUCUGUGUUCUGUGACUCCAAACAGCCUAGUCCAGGAUUGCAGUUGUAUCGAGCUGCCUUUGAGAAGAAUCUUCCCCAUAUGGCAGAAGCAUUGGCCCAUGGAGCUGAAGUAAACUGGGUCAAUGUAGAAGAAAACAAAGCAACACCACUUAUCCAGGCAGUGCGAGGGGGUUCAUUGGUUACUUGUGAAUUUCUGCUGCAGAAUGGGGCCAAUGUGAACAUCAGGGAUGUGAAAGGAAGAGGGCCCCUGCACCACGCCACGGUCCUGGGCCACACUGGACAAGUGUGUUUAUUCCUAAAACGAGGAGCAAACCAGCAUGCCACUGAUGAAGAUGGGAAAGAUCCAUUGAGUAUAGCAGUAGAAGCUGCAAAUGCAGAUAUUGUAACACUGCUGCGCUUGGCGAGGAUGAACGAGGAGAUGCGCGAAUCGGAAGGACUCUAUGGGCAGCCAGGAGAUGAAAUUUAUCAGGACAUUUUUCGUGACUUUUCUCAAAUGGCAUCAAAUAAUCCAGAGAAGCUAAAUCGCUUCCAGCAGUCAGACUCCCAGAAGUCUUAAGUGUCAAGAAGGAAAAGAUCCCGAUGCUUAUAGUGCAAGUCUUUUUUUUACUUCAACAGAAUGAAUUAUAUGCAUUUUGUUAGAUAGUUUGGAUAAAAUGACCACUCUAAUGUAGCUUUAGAUUGUGGUAGCUGGGGAAAUGUAUGAGUUGUUUUAUGUUCUACAGUACGUAUACCUCAGCAGCUGAAGAAAGUGUUUAAGAAACCUGAAUACCUGCUAGCUCAGUAUAAAACCAGCACCUGUUAGCAAGUACUCUGUGUGUCUGCAGCUCAUACACAAAGGCAGCAGAGCACAGCUUUGUGCAUCACAGACUCCGAAUGGCAGGAUGGUCAGAGCAGCUUUGCUGUUCUGGAUCAUCCACUGUCAGUUGUCUCCCCAUUGCCAUAAACAAUGUGCCUCUGACAAGAAGGUCUGGGUUGCAUUUUCUGGGACUGUUUGGAAGGGAAGUUGGGUGAUGACUUACGGAGUUGUCCUUCUAUUUGUGGGUGGUAACUUAAUAGAUUCUCUUGUUCCUACCCUGACUCUGGUCAGAGGUAGGCUGUCAGUAACAGACAUGAUCACUCCUGCUCUUCUGCAAGCUCUUUUACAGUGGAAGCUCCAACACCAGGCUGGCCUUUAUGCUGGUGACUGCAGGUCAGUCACAAAGGUAUAUCUCCUGGGGGACCAAACUCCUAAAUGCUGUCUGUCUUCCUUUUUGUUUUCUCUUAAGUUAAACUUUCGGUGCAGCGAGUAUGCUUCUAGAUGAGCAUGUGGAACCUUUCAUGAAAAAUAAACUUAAUCCUUCU